UCACUCCAGGGACAAUCCAAACUAUGCUCCCUCUUUGUUGAGAUGCCAUCUAUUAUUUCAUUCAUCACAUUGGUCCAAAUAUUAAAAAUGGUCACCAGAAAACAUUCCUCAGAACUUCUAGGCUACCUUCUCUUUGGUAUGAGAGGAUGCCAUUGUAUAUGACAUCACUACUUUAGAACCUUCAUUCUCAAACAUUCCGGUGGCCUCCAAUCCCACCCUCUUAUCAGACAACUUCUCCAUGUGAGGAGUAUACCAUCCCAAGGAUGUUUGAUCCCAAAGUUCUAGACAUCCCAGCAGUUAUCAUUGACAACGGGUCUGGAUUAUGCAAGGCUGGUAUUGCUGGGGACAGUGCCCCGAGGUCAGUUAUCACAGCAAUAGUGGGUCGCUCGAAAGCCAAAGCCACCAUGCUUGGAGCUGGCCAGAAGGAAUUUUACAUUGGAGAAGAAGCGCAGUUGAAAAGGGGGGUAUUAUCAUUGAAUUAUCCCAUAGACCAUGGCAUAGUGACAUGCUGGGAGGACAUGGAGAGGAUAUGGAGGCAUGUCUAUGAGUGUGAAUUGAGGAUCAAAGCCAGUGACAGACCAGUACUGCUGACAGAAGCCCCACUGAAUCCUCUUCAGAAUCGGGAGAGAAUGACGGAGAUCAUGUUUGAAAGUUUCAGGGUGCCAGCUAUGUACGUGGCUGUGCAGGCCACACUGGCCCUCUACGCUUCGGCACGUACCACAGGGAUAGUCAUGGACAGCGGAGAUGGGGUCACUCAUACAGUCCCUAUCUACGAAGGCUAUUGUUUGUUGCAUGCUGUCUCACGAUUGGACGUUGCUGGUAGGGAUAUCACCGAAUACUUCAUGAGGCUUCUUCUAGAGAGCGGGCAUUCCUUUGUCAGCACAGCUGAGAGAGAAAUUGUGAAAGACAUCAAAGAGAAGCUCUGCUACGUGGCUCUGGACCCCAUCCAAGAAAUGAGAGCCAAAAUGGAAGAACUCCUGAGGGAGUAUAAAUUGCCUGAUGGAAAUAUCAUCAAGAUAGGCAGUCAACUCUUCCGAGCCCCAGAGACCCUUUUUGUACCCGCUAACAUUGGAGUUGAAGCUCCUGGUAUACACAAGAUGAUCUUCAACAGUAUUAUGAAAUGUGAUAUUGAUGUCCGCAAAGAUCUUUAUGGAAAUAUUCUGCUCUCUGGCGGGUCAACUCUGUUCCCAGGACUGGAUGAGCGUAUCCUGAAGGAAAUGCAGCUGCAGGUACCAGCUGGGAUAUCAGUGAGGAUCAUAGCACCUCCAGAGAGGAAGUACUGUGUAUGGAUUGGGGCCUCCAUUCUGACUUGCUUGACAUCUUUCAAACACAUGUGGGUCACUCUUGACGAUUACAAAGAUUUUGGCCCAGGUGUAGUUCACCGAAAAUGUUUCUAAGGAAAUGGAUUCUCCUAACUAGUGACCUUGCUGGGAGAAUGGAAGGUCCAAAAAUGACCAAUAGUUCCAAAAUCAGCUAUCUCUGGAUUUAUUGGCUGGACAAACUUUAUAAGAAAAUAAAUAGAGAAGCACCUAUUAGGAUCAUGGUGGCAUUUAGGUGUAUUGUUUCUCUGUUGUUCUGCAGGACAGAUCUGACAUUUUUCUCUUGCCUGAUAGCUAAAAUACAACCUCCCCAUUCUACAAGAA